ACGUCAGGGGUCUAAGCGCGACAGUCGCCGUAUAUAAAUUUCAAGAUGAUUACAAAAUUUUAGUUCACACCAGACCGUCAGAUGAGAAACAUCGCGAGAAAGGAAAAUAAAUUUCAGAGAGCAUUGAAAGGUUCCCCCAAUAGCGAUCGUGUGCAUUGAGAGCAUUAAGAGACAUUAAUUUGUGCCAAGUUUUCCGAAAGGAUUGACUGUUUUGUUUUUUUGAGUGAUCUUCCUCAAUUUUUGAGUGAUCCUCAUCAGUUUUUGAGUGAUCUUCGUCAAUUUCGAAGUGAUCUUCUGCAAUUUUCUGUGUGAUCUUUCACGAUCAAGUGAGCAGACAAUCUACAAAUAAAUCCCCCUUCAAAUGGAUCUUAAGCUGGAGAAAAUAAUCAAGAUGAAGUCCCUGACAAUUUUGUGCAUACUGAUACUUCUUGUCAUUGAGACUGUAUCCUGCAGACCAAAUUCAAAGCCCCCACGGGGGCAGACGCAGGAGAUUGUGGCGGAAUUCCAUGACAUGGAUCCAGCGGAAUACGAGCAGAUCCGGAAGUGUCAUGAGGAUGACGACACAAUGGAAUUGUGCCAGAGGUGCGCCAAGGCGACAAAAGUUAGGAAUGCCUUCCCCAUGUGCUGCUCAAAUGAGGAUGGCGUUCAGGAUUGGUGCAAAGACUACGUCUACUACGGCAUACAGUAUUAAGGAGUCAGCCAUCAGCGCCAUCUUGUGCACAGAAAUCUCCACUAAAUUAGUUUUUUAAAACGCCGACAGAGGACUUUUCAGCCCAAAAGUGGCUAAAAUUCUGUCUUUUUUUUACUUCUCAAAUAUAUUAGAAUUUUUUUUUCAUUAGCAAUAAGUAGGUAGCGUAGGUAGUCAAAAAUUCAAAAUGGCCGAUAAAUCUGCCAGAAAAUGAUUAGAAAAAGAAGAAAAUGUAUUCCAAGUAUCGUCACAUUUAGUCGUGUAAUCUCAAUUCUAUUUAAUUGCCAUCUUCAUCUCCCCAUUCUUUAUUUAAUCAAGAAAAUGUUUAAAAAAAAAUAAUCUCGAAUAAUUGAAAAAGAAAAGAAAACAUAACCUCACAUUCGCACAUCAUUUAACCACAAAUUCUAGGUAUUUUCCAAGCCAAUAUUUAAAGAAAAAAAUUGACUGUGAUUUGUAUUGUAUACUUAAUUUCAACAGAAAAAAUCCACGUCUUCCGAUAAAAUAAGCCACAUUGAGGUAUAUUGUGUAGAUUUUUUUUUAUUUAAGUAUUUAGACAUUUAAUUUUAUUUAUUUUGUAUUUUUUCAUUUUCAAAAAUUGUGAAAAUAAAAACUGAUUUUUUUUGUACUUUGAAA